GUUCUGUGUAGCACGGUGGAAACGCGGAGUGUUUUUUACGUAUUGUAGAUCGCUUUGAAUUUUUUUUCUGGAGAUUGGGCAAUCGAAUGUGAAUCGAAAAAUCAAUAGAAUGAAUAACGUGUGAAAGUUGAUAGAAGGAUAAUGAACGAGUGAAGUGGAUUGCAAAAGCUUAGCUGUCACCAGAGAAGUAAGGAACAAGUAUCGUUGGAUGCGUAUCGACGGUCGGCUGUGAAUAGUUUAAGGAAACGUAUUUAUCUAUUUAUUUUAACUAAACGUCGCAAUAACUCUGUGGUGCAUAAAAAUCGGAUAACAGCCGGAAAUGACUAUGGAUAAGGGUCAACUUUCACUUUGUGUCCAUUUGUGCUUCGCCGUAAUGAUUAUUUCGUCGCACGGUCAUCCAGCGCGACCCCAACAACAAUCCGGGGUCAAUGGCAACGACAUCAGCACCGGAUUAAUGCCACCUAUCAAAAAAGACGUUUUCAUGUCUCGGGGCUGGGGCGCCUCAGGCAUGCCAUUUACAAUGUUCUAUCUCAACCACUUUACAAAAACACAGAAGGCUUAUGCGCAAAACCAGCAGCAACAGUUGCAGAAACUUCGUCAACAAGAGGCCGACGCAGCUCAAUUACAAGCCAGUGAGGAUGAGUUCGAGCAGCCCAGAACGCUGCCAUACGGCUCUAGAUAUUCCAACCCGAUGGCCAAUGCUCAGCAGAGCGAAAUCAGCCACGGCAGCGGUUUCAAGGAGGCGGAAGAAUAUUCCGAUGGUGCAGUUUAUCUGCCGUCCAAACCAAGUUCACCGCGAAGGCAAUAUAACGUUCCUCAACUUUUCGUCUCAUAUGGCUGGGGCCCGAUGGGCUAAACUAAUGCCAUCAUUCCCAAAGUAGGGGUUAGCAUUUAAAUCUAUUUAUUUUUCACUAUUAAUAUUAAAAUUAUGUGUUUAUGUGUUUCUGUCAUCUGCGCUAAUCAUUCAGAAUGAUCUAUAUGUGAUGUCUUGAUGUGUGUAUAAAAACAAACAGCCAAA